CUGAGACUGACCAGACGACCAGACGUAGCUUCCGCAGUCCAAGCGCCCGCGAAGAUGGAGGCCUCGGCCUUCAUCACUUUGAGGAGCCCUUCCGGGCCGACGCUCGCGAUUGAGGCCCGAGGAGUUGGUUUGGACACCAAGAGAUGGACUGCAGCCCACAGCAAGCUCGGCGCUGCAAGCUGCUCAGGCACCGGAACCGCCGUGACGGCCCUCGCCGUGUGUCGCCUCCGAGCGCGGGGUGUCCAGGCUGCGCGGCGCUCGCGGCAAUCCCGGCUGAGCUGCCGAGCGCAGGAGGAGUCUGCUGAAGAGCAGCUGGCUGCCCUGGAGGCCGAACUGGAGGCAUUGGAAGAUGAGAUGGAGGAGGACCGAGUGAGGCAAGCCGAUUUGGAGGAAGCUGAGACCAAGAGCAAGAUCGAGCAACGCUUCAAAGACGCGGCGCCUGGCUUAGACUCGCAGGUCGUGGCUGGAAGGGGCGCCGAUGCCGUGGGAGUCACGGCCACGGUGGCCGUUUGUGGCCGUUCGCAUGACAGCAGUGUGGCCCAGCGUGUGAUGAAGCUCUUGGCGGCCGCUGAUUCACCGCCCAUUUUCUUGGAUUCGCAGGAGGUGACCAGGAGCGUGGGAAUUUGGCCCCAGCACCGGGCAUCAACGCAUCGCAAGCCUUCCAUGAGGCGCACUACACCGCGAACGUGUGCAGGUUCAAGGGCCGAGGCUUGGCGUCGCCCUUCGCCACUGCCUUUGACACUGAAGAGCUGCCCAAGAUCUUCUCGACCGCGCGGGCAGAGGAUGUGGCGGCCUUCGCUGCACAGGCACCUUUGCCUCCGAUCGGCCGCCCCGGGUACGUCCCGCUGCCCAUGCGCGUGGUCAAUGCGGAAGAUUCCUACUCCUUUGCUCGGGCGGUGCAAGGGCAUGCCAAGCGGUUGAACUUGGGGGCUGGCAAUCCGAUCGUUUCGACGGGACGGUGAGCAGAGUCGCUGAAGCGCACAUGCGGUUGCUGGCAUGUGGCCGGUGGCUGCAGGUGGCUGAAGAUGGCC